AUGCACUCCGUCGCGCCGACUUCGAUCGCCGAUACACACGAUUCCCCAGAUGUCUCCUCGACCGUCUUGACAACGCCUGACCGCAGUGCGUCAUGCAGUCCUGCCCUCGAUGAGAAGCUGAAUGCGCCUGGGAGCGCAUCAAGCAACCAGUCCCCCCAUUCAUCCCGGAGCAAAGGAGAGCCAAUUUCCUCUCCAAGACCCAUUCGCAGCAUCUGCUGCGUUGGCGCAGGAUACGUUGGUGGUCCCACAGCCGCUGUGCUCGCGCUCAAGAACCCUGCUAUCAAAGUGACGGUGGUUGAUCGUGACGAGCGUCGCAUUCGGAGGUGGAACUCCCGACACCUUCCAAUCUAUGAACCGGGCCUGGCGGAGGUCGUGCGAAUUGCUCGUGAUGGACUCGGGGACGUCUCGAAAACCGAGCCCCAAGAGGGAUCACGAACCCCUAACCUGUUCUUUUCCACGGAUGUCUCUCGCUGCAUCAGCAAGGCUGAUGCCGUUCUAAUCGCCGUCAACACCCCGACCAAGAUGCGCGGUACAGGCAAAGGUUGCGCCACUGACAUGACAAGCUUCGAAGCCGUAGCUGCCGAGGUCGUGCGUCACGCAAGAGAUGGAACGAUCAUUGUCGAGAAGAGCACUGUUCCAUGCAGGACGGCUCAGAUGAUCCAAGAAAUGAUUCACAUUCAACGACCAGGUGCUCGAUUCGAGAUCCUAUCCAAUCCCGAAUUUCUGGCUGCGGGAACUGCUGUGCAGGACCUGAUCUGCCCAGACCGCAUUAUCAUCGGAUCUGCCCCGACUCCCGACGGACUGGCGGCGGCACAGGCGCUGGCAGAGGUUUAUGCCUCGUGGAUUGAGCGGUCACGCAUCAUCACCACCAAUGUGUGGUCGUCCGAGUUGGCCAAGCUUGUGGCCAACUCUAUGCUCGCACAGCGGUUGAGCAGCAUCAACAGCAUUUCCGCCCUGUGUGAAGCAACUGGGGCCGAGGUCAAUGAAGUCUCCCGCGCGAUUGGCGCUGACACUCGUUUGGGAUCCAAAUUCCUGCGUGCCGGUAUCGGGUUCGGUGGAUCCUGCUUCAAGAAGGACGUCCUCAGCUUGGUCUACCUCGCUGAAUCUCUCGGUCUGUACGAGGUGGGGGCCUACUGGCGCCAGGUCGUGGAGAUGAACGAAUAUCAACGUGACCGAUUCGCCGCACGAGUGAUCAAGCGUCUGAACAGCACUUUGGUCACCAAAAAGAUCUGCGUGUUGGGAUACGCUUUCAAGAAGAACACCUCGGAUACACGAGAAGCUCCCGCGUUGGAAAUCAUCAAGACCCUGCUCGAUGAGAAUCCACGAGAGAUUGCCAUCUUCGACCCCUGCUGCAACCCGCUCGUGAUCGAGGAAGAGAUCCGCGCCUUGCAGAAAUAUGGACCGCCCCUUCUCAGCGAUGACGGCGGUUGUGUGAAGAUCUACUCGGAUGCGUAUGCGGCCUGUGCCGACUCCAACGCCAUCCUGCUGGUCACCGAGUUUGAUGAAUUCAUGAACUUCCCCAUCCCCGCCGCUCGUCCAGCCGCCAAGGCUGCUUCCCCAGCAAAGACCGCCCUUGCCGGCGUGGAACUGUCCAAACUCCAGCUCAACGAAGAGCCCGGGUGCUCGCUCGACUGCCCUGACUGUCAAAUGGGCACUGGCUAUGGUGACGAUGGGGCCAACGAUGCCGACAACCUGCCCAAGAAACAGGUGGAUUGGGCGAAAAUCUCCUCGUCUAUGAAGUCACCCAAAUGGCUCUUCGAUGGACGUUGCGUGAUCGAUGUGCCCAAAAUGGAAGCUCUGGGAAUCCGAGUUGAAGCUAUUGGCUCUUCGGGCUGGAGUGUGUAA